UUAGAACUUAAAUAAAAAGUGUCUUCAUUAUAUUGAUAUAAUCGCCUACCACUGUACCUAAAAAGAAUAUUUAGUUCUCUAAGUGUUAAGAUGGUUUUUGUUGUUGAGUACAUUUAAUUGAAAAUCUAUAUUUUUCUGUAUUAUUUAAUUGAUUAAUUUGUAUCUGAACCUUUACAAAGUUUACAUCAAACCUGAAAUUGUUCAGUAUUAAUAUUUCAAACUUUUUAGCUUUGGUCAAUUGUUGAUAAUUUGCAAAAUUGUUCUAAAUGCAUAUUAUUAUAAUAUCAAAUUAUCUUAGGAAACCGCUAUGUUUAGAUUCAAUUACAGGUUUCCAUAUUGUUGUAUUUUUAUACUUGAACAGAUGGUGUACCAUAUCAGAUUUGCUUUUAUAAAACUUUUAAUUUUGAAGUAUUAACACUGUACAGUAUACAUUACGGUACGUGGAUUAAUCCCGUAUUUACAUGACCGUGUACAAGUCUGAUGUAUUUGUUUGUGUACGUUUUCUACUUUCAAAUUUUGUAAUUUUCUCGUCACUAUUUUCAGAUUAAUAUGGUGAUACGACAAACAGAUACAUAUAUACUAGAAUAAUGUUCAAUUGAAAUUUCUUCAGGUUUGUGAACAAGAUCAAGAUAAAAUCAAGUAUUGUGACGAAUGAACAUUUUCUCCCAGAUAAUGGAGGAUGGAGAGUCGGUUACUGGGUCGGAGGGAACCAUCAGGGAGUCUGAUUCUGAAUAUUCUCUACAUAGUCCGGGAGAAAGAUUACCCCUGCAUGAGGCUGUAUUCCGAAAUGAUAUUGCUGGGUUAGCAGCACUGCUUAGAGAUGCUAAAGUACAGACUUCAAACACACAGAUCCAAGUCGGGUGUAAGGAUAAGCAUGGGAACACAGCGCUACAUCUAGCGGUGAUGUUAGGAAAUAGUAAAUGUGUCCAGCUUCUCCUAUCCCACGGUGCUCCGGUCAAACUAAAGAAUAAGCAUGGUUGGUCGCCUCUAGCAGAAGCAAUUAGUUACGGAGAUCGUCCAACAAUAUCAAGCUUACUCAGACGUUUAAAGAGACAAUCCAAGCUGGAGCUGGAAACCAGACGACCUGAUAUGAUCAAGGGUUUACGUGACCUCGGGGAUUUUUACCUGGAGAUAAAAUGGGAUUUUACCUCCUGGGUACCCCUGGUAUCUAGGAUACUACCCUCGGAUAUAUGCAGGAUUAGUAAAAAGGGAGCUUGUGUACGACUGGACACUACUCUGGUGGAUUUCAAUGACAUGAAAUGGGUCCGAGGAGAUAUUGCUUUCAUCUACAACGGAGAUGCUGGUCCUGAUGCUGAUCUAGCAGUUCUAGACAACCAGGCUGGAGUAUAUCAGUAUGUUCGGAAACAAGAGUCGGAACUUGAGUUUGAGGACGAGGUUGACCUGCUGAUGUCGAGCGAUAUAGUUGCCGGUCAACUUUCAACCAAACCAAUAUCUUUUUCCAGAGAAAAAUCUGGCUGGAUUUGGAAACAGGACAAAGCAGCGAAGCUGGGGAACUAUAUGUCAGAUUUCUAUAGUGUUAACGGAAUGGUUCUUGAAUCUAGGAAACGUAGGGAACACCUUUCUGCUGAGGAUUUACAAAAGAAUAAAGCUUUACUAGACAGCUUCUCGAGAGGAACUCCAGUCGAUGAGGAGACGGAAGAAUGUGAACGACGUGAGUCUCUACCUCCUCCUCAACCAUCAGGGAUAUCCUGGAGGGAGUAUAUUGAAUCUACUCCAGGAUCCCUACCUGCUCUAGGACGGAAACAUGUGACGAAAUCCAGUAAAAAAGCUUUCAAAGCAACCAUUGCCAUGUCAGAGGACUUUCCUAUGAAGGUGGAUAUGCUGCUAGCUGUACUUGAAGUUAUUGCUCCGCAAUUCAAACAUUUUAAUAAAUUAAAAGAAUUUGUUACAAUGCGACUACCACAUGGGUUUCCUGUGCAGGUGAAUAUCCCUGUACUGCCAACUGUGUCGGCCAAAGUCACGUUUACGGACUUUGCUGUCAGAGAGGACCUAGAGGAUUCAUUAUUUGUCAUCCCUUCACACUAUACUCAUGAUCCUACCAGGUUUCCUGAUUUGUGACAUAGCGAUGAAUUGAGUUUAGUUCUUGUAGAUUCUAGAAACAAGAUACUUGUCAAACCAAGCCGCAAACUGCAUUCCUUCAGUUUGUAUGAGAGUUUGCAGUGUACUGAACCUGCAGAGUUUCCGUGUGUGGAUAUUCCUAUACAGUCAAACUUUGGUUCUCUUUAUGGUUCUUCCAUAGCGGUUCUAUUCGACUUCGAGACUUUUCAUCAAUAGCGGUUCUAUUCGACUUCGAGACUUUUCAUCAAUAGCGGUUCUAUUCGACUCCGAGACAGUUCAUCUAUAGCGGUUCUAUUCGACUUCGAGACUUUUCAGCAAUAGCGGUUCUAUUCGACUCCGAGACAGUUCAUCUAUAGCGGUACUUUUCGACUUCGAGACAAUUCAUCA